GUUUCCGCCGCGAUCGUGCCUUGGGGGCGCGCGGCUUCGGGCAGCCGGGCUCCUCUCCCGCGUGUCCCGCGGCCUCCCUGAGACGCGCGGAGACAUGAGUGACACCGGAGGCGACCGCGCGCGACUCAGGCGCUACACCAAGCUCCCGGUGUGGGUGGUGGAGGAUCACCAGGAGGUUCUGCCUUUCAUAUACCGGGCCAUAGGUUCGAAGCAUCUUCCUGACAGUAAUAUAAGUUUCUUACAUUUGGACUCCCACCCAGACCUCCUUAUCCCUGUGAACAUGCCAGCAGACACUGUGUUUGAUAAGGAAGCACUCUUUGGAGAACUGAGUAUCGAAAAUUGGAUUAUGCCUGCAGUUUACGCUGGCCAUUUUUCUCAAGUAAUCUGGCUCCACCCCACGUGGGCCCAGCAAAUCAGGGAGGGCAAGCACUGCUUCUUAGUAGGCAAAGACAUUUCUACCACAACCAUCAGGGUUACAAGUACAGAUUCUUACUUCCUAAGUGAUGGUCUGUUUGUACCUGAAGACCAGCUAGAGAACCGAAGGCCCUUACAGUUAGAUGUGAUUCUGGUAGAACCUUACACACUCUGUAGCAAACAAGAUGACAGUGACUCUGUGUCUUCUACAAAGAAGCCCAAGCUGGCACUGGGAAGUGGAGAGAGCAGCGCUGCGGCUGAUGGGCACUCUUGCUCAGAAGGACGUCGAGGAGACGCAGUGACACCAAGAAGUGACCAUGCUUGCCAGGAGCCGUCCUGCUCACGUUCCGGAGGUCAGCAGAGCCAGAACACAGCCACCGCUGGGGCGAUUCUGGACAUACUGAAGACGGGAGAUGCGUUUGUUUUAGAUAUUGACUUGGAUUUUUUUUCUGUCAAAAACCCCUUCAAAGAAAUGUUCACUCAGGAUGAAUACAAAAUUCUACAGGAGCUUUACCAGUUUAAAAAGCCUGAUAGUAACCUUCCUGAGGAUGGUUUGGUGGAUGUUGUUGAGGCUCGAACCCAUCAGUUGGAAGAUUUAGAAGCAGUCUUUGCUGACUUGUGUGACGGUGAUAGUGAAGAAACCGUACAGAGCUGGGCUUCAAACCCUGGGAUGGAGUCACUAGUUCCACUUGUACAGAGUUUGAAAAAACGGAUGGAAGUACCAGACUAUGAAAUGGUCCACCAGGCUGGGCUAACUUGCGAUUAUUCAGAACUUCCUCAUCAUAUCAGCACAGAAGAAGAAAUUGAGUAUCUUAUUCAGUCUGUGUAUUUUCUAUUAAAAAGUCUACCAAAACCUACUCUUGUGACAAUUGCAAGGUCAAGUCUGGAUGAUUACUGUCCUCCGGAACAAGUUGACAUGAUUCAGGGAAAGGUCCUCGAUGUGCUGCACUCACUCUACGGGACCCUGGACACUCACCUGGUGUACUCAGAAGAGUCCCCUCUGAGCUGAGACCGUGCUAGGCUGCUGUGCAGUUUGGCGCAGUGACAGACCCGGCUUUUGUUUCUGGGCUUCCAGAGUGCACUUUCUUGUUAACUCUCAGUUGGAAUCAGAAAUCUCCACGCAAGUAUCAGUGACCAACCACAUACAACACUUGGGGUAGACGCAGGGGUUCUUGUUUGGUUUUAUUGUUUUCACAUCAAAUCCGUUACCCCGGUUGAUGGAGACUGUCUGUUAUCUUCCUUGCUUCCCAUCGCUGCCUUUGAUUCUGUAAGAGGGGUUUUUUUUUUUUCUCUUUCCCCAACAAGGGUUUGGAUGAUAUGAGAUUUAUUUAUUUAUUCGCUGAUGUUUACUUAGCACUUUUGAGAGCCAGACUCUGUUAAAGACAAGCUGCUCUGUCCUCGUGUGGGAGACCUGAGAAGCAAAUAAGGGCCCACAGCAGUCUCAGGGAAAAGGGAGAGCCACGGCUGCGUCUGGAGAACUGUCGGCUCUCAGGGCACCCUUGACCAUAAGUAUAAAGUAACAUUCGCAGAUGGCAUGUCAGAAGACCCUUGCCAGUCCAUGACGGUGCUUGCAGAAAGUCUGCCGCGCUAAGCGUGUUGGAAUUGUGCCCACGCGGUUGCUGGAUCUUCUCCAGACUUGUUUGUAUGCAAGGGGUCUGGUUGAAUACACCUAAGCAAAAUUUUGUUGUUGUUGUAGGUUUUGUUUGGGUUGUUUGUUUCUUUUUGGUUGGUUGGUUGGUUUGGUUUGGUUUGGGGUUUUUGUUUGUUUUUUGGUUUUUUUUUGAGACAGGGUUUCUCUGUGUAGCCCUGGCUGUCCUGGAACUCACUCUGUAGACCAGGCUGGCCUCGAACUCAGAAAUCUGCCUGCCUCUGCCUCCCAAAUGCUGGGAUUAAAGAUGUACGCCACCAUGCCCGGCCGUUUGUUUUUGAUGGGUUGGUUUUGAUUUUCUGAGAUGACGGGGUUUCUCUAUGUAUCCCUGAUAGCCCUGGAACUCGGUCUGUAGCCCAGUCUGACCUCAAACUCAAAAGAUCCGCCUGCCUCUGCCUCCCAAGUGCUGGGAUUACAGGCGUGCACCACCACUGCCCAGCUGCUUACAGUGGAAACGCCUUUUGGGAGUUUUGCCUUGGUGGUCAUUAUAGUCCUCAGUUGGCAUUAAGCAUUUAAGCACUAGGUGUCAUUUUCUUGGCAGUCAGUCAAUCAGUCGAGUGGUUAGAAAGUUGCUAAGCAGAUAAGGGCACUUGCUGCUCUUGCAGAAGGCUGGAGUUCAGUUCCUAGUACCCAUAUGGCAGCCCACAACCUCACAACUCCAGUGUUCUCUUGUGGCCUCCAAAACUACACACGCAUGCGUGUACAUACCCACAUGUAAACAUAUAAACAUAAAGUUUUUAUUGGAAAGACCUGUCACUGCAUAGAGAAGAGAAUGUUUUCUGCGCCGUGCAUUGAAGAUGAUGCUUCAUAUAUUUAAUGAGCCAAGUUUGCCCUUAGCCAGAGAGUGGCUGCAGCCACUACUAUUUACCCUGAGUUCCCACCCCACCAGGCGUGAAUGGGACCGUCUUUAUCCUAGAAGCUAAUUUCUGCUUGCCUGUUCCCUGCACUUUUGUUCAGUAAUUACUUUAUAACUGCUUAAUUUCUUUAAAGGGUAAGAUGAUAUGUAAAGAAAAAAUAAAUAUCCAUCACUCCUGGCGAGCACAGUAGCUUUUGUCUUCACAGCCCGUUUUCAACCCUCGCCUGCACGUGGGCCUGGAGAGGGGAGUAGCCAGGAUCAGAGUGACCUACCUCGAAGCGGCCAGUUCUCCAGGAUGCCUUACCCUUGCCCUGCGGUGCGUACUCUUCCUACCGUGCUCAUGUUUUCCUCUGGCGAAUUCUCUUGGCACUGAGGAAAUUGACAAAAAUCCAAUACUAUGAAAGCUUGUUUGUAUUGUGGAAAUAAAACCAACUGAUAGCCUUCCAUCCUGAUAAUCAAAAGAUUUGUGUUCUUCCAAACUCAGAACUGUAAAAUUGUUUUUAAGCUCUGAAAAUGUCUUGUUAAAGAGUUCUAUAACUAGACAUUUCUAGGAAUAAAUUAGUCUAUGUGCAAAAUGAAAUUAAAUCCUGUAUUUGGAAGCUUUAAGGGUUUCAGGUCAAACUAUAGAACUAAUUCUUCUUCGUGUCAGUGCAUGGACUUAAUUGAGUUUUAGCUGUUUUGGUUUUGGUUUUUUAUUGUUGAUGGGUUACUGUAACUGCAGUGGACUCUGAUGUGAGUCAUCAUUUUUUAAACCUGGGUUGGAUAAAACUUUUUAAAUUACUAAAUAAAAUAAGCAUCUACUAACAUUUUUAAUUUUUUAUUAUUUUAGUGUGUUGCAUGUAUAUGUGUGUACCACAUGGCUUUAGUGUCCAUGGAAGCCAGAGAAGGUGUCCAAUCCCCUGGACUUGGAGCCAGUACUCUUAACUGCUCUGCCAUCUUUUCAACUCCCUAAGAUUUAACUUUUAUUUAAAAAUUUUUACAUACAAUGUAUUUUGUAUAAUUCCUCCCAGAUCCCCCCUUCCUACUCCAUGGUCUAUCUCUCAAAAACAAAAAAGGAAAGAGGAAAAAAAAAGGUCAAAAAAGGUACCAAAAGUCACACACAAAAAACACAAGAGUAUUUUGUGUAGGCCAACUGCCCCUUUCAUGGUACUUGCCACUAGAAUUGUCGACAUGCCCAGUAGCGCUCCUCUGGAGAAAACUCAUUAAACUCAUUGCCCCUUUCCCAGAAAAUACCAAUUAUAGAUAGCUUUUUAGUAGCAGGUAGGGCUUUCUUCCUACUUUCUCUUCUCAGUGCUGGGAUUUUGUCUGCUUUUAACCUUUGCGGGUCUUGUGCGUGCUGCCACAGUCUCUGUAGUUCGCAUGCCCGUCGGUCUUCUCUCUUUGGUGUCAUCCACCACUCUCACCAUCUUCCCACCUCCUCUUCCACGUAGAUCCGUAAGUCUUGAGGGCAGGGGGUAAUGGAGACGUUCCACUGAGGGCUGUGCGCCGAGGUCUCCAGCUCUGCCCAUUGCUCAGUUAUGGGUUUCUGAAUUAAUUACGACAAAGCAGCAUCUCUGAUGAGGGGUGGACAAUACUCUGAUCUAUGCGUAUAGCAGUGUGUCGUUAGGAGUCAUUUCAUUGCUCUGUACCAUUGGCAAGAUUCUAGUAGGUUUUCCCCUUAGCCCUAUGACCAAUUUAGUCCCAGGUAUCUUGCCACUUGAGCAGUGCCAAGCAUAUCUUCCAUCUUAACAAAGUCUUCAAUCCAAUCGUAACGCUUGCACCACUGUUGAAACCGUGUUUGUAAGUUGUAGGGUUUGUAGCCAGGUGAUGCCAGUGACCACUUUACUCCUCCAACAUGCAAAGUACCUUCCAGCACUGUGGACAGUAGUCAGCAGGGAUGAGACUUCUGGCUGGGCACCAGCGCAGGCCAGUUCUGCUUCUGCCUUCCGUGUGUUCAGGCACUGUAGCUCAGCUGCCUGGCAUGAAAGCAUAAGCAGGUUUGUCCAGGCUUAUCCAGGCCGGGUGGGUUUGCAGGAACACGCUUGUCUUGAAUGCCGGGGGUGGGGGGGGCGAUGGUGGGGGGGUUGUUUUUGUGGAGGAAGAAGCCUUCUCUGAGAGUUUUCAGUGUUACCGCUUCUUUAUUAGGGGGUUAAUAAGGGCUAUAUAAACCUUGGGGAGUGGGUAGCAGGUUGGGAUGUAAAUUAUUAACUGGUGCUGCGGUGCUGGGAACGCUUCAUUUGCAUGAAGAGGAAUUCCAGGUGCUUGAUGAACAUGUCCUUGUAGGCAGAGAGCACAUUACUCCUGUAAUUCGGCUAUCAGGCUGCAUGGCUACCUCGGUGGUGGACGAGGGAGUUGCAGGCCCCGAAGAGGAAAGAAGCAAUCCUUACUCCUGCCAGUCUCAAGAUGAGUUUUGGGAGUUUGGACAUGUCUCAACCUCACCGUUGUCCCAGGCCUGUUCCCCAAGUCACACCUCUCACUUGCCCCACACACCAGCUUUCUUUCUCUGUUUGAUGACAUAAGAAAGGUCACUUCAGCGACUGGGCCUUACCUUUCAGUUCUGAUCAAUAGCCAAUAGCCUUGACAAUAGCCUGUGAUGUUUAGGGGACUGUCUAUGGAACCCCUUUGCCAACCCAGUAACAUUUUUAAUCUUGUACGUACAUGGUCAAGGAUGGUUGGAUCUUUUGUGAUCUGACAUGAAUAAGACCUGAAGAGAAUCAUGUUCCAAAGAGGAAAGCAUAACCUUUGACAUCAUUUUCCAAGAACUGUGUCUAUGAAGUUUAGAUCCCUAAAGUUACCCUGCGUUGGGUGAGCAUUGCUGACCACUGAAGCAGCGACGUUUCUUCCCCACCUCUGGUUCUUUCCAUCCACUUAGAAGCACAGCUAUAGCCCUGCGCUGCCUCUCUAUUCCUUCCUGGGUCAAAGAGUAAAUGAAGGAACAUGGGAUCUUUUCUUCUAGAAGGAUUUGUUCUGCUGUCUUCAUCCUCCGAUGCAAAGUUUUGAAAGUAGGCCUAUGAUGGUUUGUCUAUCCUUGGACCAGGGAGUGGCACCAUCUGGAGGUGUGGCCUUGUUGGAAUAGGUGUGACCUGGUUGGAAUGGGUGUGUCACUGUGGGUGUGGGUAUAAGAUCCUCACCCUAGUUGCCUGGAAGUCAAUCUCCCACUAGCAGCCUUUGGAUGAAGAUGUAGAACUCUCAGGUCUGCCUGCGCCAUGACAGCCUGGAUGCUGCCAUGCUCCCACCUUGAUGAUAAUGGACUGAACCUUUGAACCUGUGAACCUGUAAGCCAGCCCCAAUUAAAUGUUGUUUUUUAUAAGA